CACAAUAAUGAAAUCAUCAAGUUUUAUAAUUCUAUCUCUUCUAAUUCUACAACAUUUUCUUUCUUUCACCGCCGGCCAAAUAAACUAUUUCCCUAUUUUCCGGUGCAGAGCAUCAGCCGGCAACUUCACGGCUAACUCAACGUACGGAACCAAUCUCAAAACUGCCCUAGAUUCCCUCGUAUCCGCCUCGACUAACUAUGGUUUCUACAACACAUCCGCUGGUGAACCUCCGUACACUGUCAGCGCCACAACCCUCUGUCGUGGCGAUAUCGGAUCAGAAGCAUGUCAAAGCUGUAUCCAAAGUUCAAUCACUCUCCUUAGACAAAACUGUCCGUACCAAAUGGAAGCCUUAGUUUGGACCUCAAACUGUAGCAUAAGCUAUUCAAAUCGUACUUAUACAUCAACCGUCUCAGCUCGGCCCAAUGCUAAAGUGUCGGGUACUAUAAACGCAACGAAUAUCGACAUUUUUGAUAAAGCGUUGAGAGAUUUAGCUGGGUCAUUACGUGCGCUAACUGCUGGAGGAAACUUGCUACGCAAGUUUUCUACAGGGGAUGUUGUUUAUGGACCGGGCUUGGGGAAAAUAUACUUUAUGAUGCAAUGUACUCCGGAUCUGUCGCCUUUUGAUUGUAAUUCGUGUUUGUCGAUUGUGUUUAGGGAAGCUCAAGGAUGCUGCGAUGGUGAUAUUGAUGUUGGUGUCUUUUUUCCUAGUUGUUACGUCAGGUAUUCGAAUGUUUCGUUCUAUAAUGAUCCUCCGGCAAUCUCUCUGCCGUCCCCACCACCGAUGCCGGCAACUUCAGAGGGAAAGGGGAAGUCAUCAAAAAUCAUAUACGUCAUUGUCCCGGUUGCAUCGGUUUCUCUUGGGCUUGUUAUCAUUGGCGGCAUAUGUUUUCUUGUUAUAAAAGCAAGGCAAAAGAAUAUUACCUCAAAGAAAGAAACUGGGAGUGCGUUUUCAACACUACUGAUGAGCGAAAACAAGACGAAUAGUGCUAACUUAGCACAAGCUGGGUCAGCUGAAAUAAUGGACAUGGGUACAAUCGGAUCUUUACAAUUUGAUUUGGAUUCCAUUAGAGAAGCUACAAACAAUUUCUUAGAUGAUAACAAGAUUGGUGAAGGCGGGUUUGGUCCGGUUUAUAAGGGUGUUUUUGCAAGUGGAGUGGAAGUCGCUGUAAAGAGACUAUCAAAAUCAUCUGGACAAGGCUCACUUGAAUUUAUAAACGAAGUUAUAUUGAUGGCUAAGCUUCAACAUCGAAAUCUUGUGAGGCUUUUAGGGUUUUCCCUGGAAGCAGAAGAGAAAUUACUCAUCUACGAAUAUGUGUCCAACAAAAGUCUUGACUACUUUCUUUUUGAUCCAAACAGACAUGGACACUUAGAUUGGCCGAAACGCUACAAAAUCAUAGGAGGAAUUACUAGAGGAAUGCUUUAUUUGCAUGAAGAUUCACGACUACGAAUCAUCCAUCGUGAUCUAAAAGCCAGCAAUAUCUUGCUAGAUGUAAAUAUGAAUGCCAAGAUUUCUGAUUUUGGUUUAGCGAGGAUAGUUGGAGUGGAUCAAACCGAAGCAAACACAAAUAGAAUUGUAGGAACAUAUGGUUACAUGUCCCCUGAGUAUGCGGUACACGGACAUUUUUCUGUGAAGUCAGACGUAUUUGCUUUUGGUGUCGUUAUGUUGGAGAUCAUUUCUGGGCAAAAAAGUUCGCGUUUUUAUAAUCAAGAUAGCAUUGAAGAUCUUCCUCAUUUUGCAUGGAAAAAAUGGAUGGAAGGAACUGCAAUGGAGCUUAUGGAUCCUACAAUGGUUGAAACUUGCUCUGAAGCUGAAGUCAUGAGAUGCAUCAACAUCGGGCUGUUAUGUGUGCAAGAAGAUGUGGAUGCAAGACCUUUUAUGGCUUAUGUUUUGAACAUGCUCAACAAUUACUCUAUAACUCUUCCAUCUCCCACCAGACCUCCACAUUAUCUUCCUAAAGUACACACAUCGUAUUUUUCAAGUAGUAAGUCUGUCCCAAAGUCAGCAGAUCAGUCGCUAAUCACUGAAAUACAUCCAAGAUAAUGAUAUACAACUAUUCAUUCAUUAUACUUUUUGCAUCCGUGUAAACAUGAGAAUCCUUGAUAUAAACUAUAACUAAACACAUUUACGAGUA